AGAUCAGGUCGCUGCUGCCGAUCCAGCUUUUGUCCUGCAGAGGACAUUAGUUUUACGAAAAUCCGUGUCGUCUGUCGGUUCUGGAGAUCCUCUGAAUUUUGAGUUUUCUAGGUGAUUUUCGAGCCCGUCCAUGUAAUACCAUUCAGUCAUCCAGUGGUCAAACUCCUCGUGCUCCUUAACCACUAAGUUAUUAGAACAAUCUAAAAAGUAUGGAUGCAUUUGUCCUCAUCCAGUGUACAAUCUCGUCUACUCCGAGGUUGGAUGUCAGCAUUCAGCCAUUAAAUUAGUGGCUGUUCCUCCCUCAAGAUCACGCGCGGAGAGGCUUACUCUCACAGGUCAGGAGGAGCCAGCUACCCUGCAAAUUCAGGAACCGAACAUUCAGCAAGACACCAGCCGGUUCCGGUCUCCUGGAUUGAAGCCUUCUCGUCUUCGGAUCGGCGCAUAGACCGCCCGACCCUUUUCUACCUGCCCCGGUUGGUCAUCAGCAUCACCAAUAAUACGGGGAGAAUCGGGGAGGAGCUCGUUGCCGGCGGCGUUGACUUGCGCAGGCGCAGGAAGCCACGAAGCAACUCCUCUCCUCCGAGAUGCCGCCGCCGCCGCCCAUCCGCCUGGGCCCCCCGCACCCGUACCUGAAGACCCACGGGAGCAAGGUCGCGAGGCUGCACCUGUUCGACUGGGUCGUGCUGGCCCUUCUCGUCGCCAUCGACGUGGGGCUCAACCUCAUCGAGCCGUUCCACCGGUUCGUCGGCGAGGACAUGAUGACCGACCUCCGAUACCCCCUGAAGAGCAACACCGUCCCCGUCUGGGCCGUGCCGAUAUACGCAGUCAUCGGCCCGAUCAUCAUCAUCGUCGGGAUCUACAUGAAGCGGCGGAACGUGUAUGACAUGCACCAUGCCAUUCUAGGCCUUCUGUUCUCCGUGCUCAUCACCGGCGUCCUGACCGAUGCGAUCAAGGACGGAGUUGGCCGGCCGCGCCCCAAUUUCUUCUGGCGCUGCUUCCCUGACGGAGUGCCGAAGUUCAACAACAUCACCACACAAGUCAUAUGCCACGGGGACCCGGCGGUGAUCAAAGAAGGGCACAAGAGCUUCCCGAGCGGCCACAGCUCAUGGUCCUUCGCUGGGCUAGGCUUCCUGUCGUGGUACCUGGCCGGCAAGAUCAAGGCGUUCGACCGGCGCGGCCAUGUGGCCAAGCUCUGCAUCGUCCUCCUGCCGCUGCUGCUCGCGGCCAUGGUCGCGGUCUCGCGGGUGUCUGACUACUGGCACCAUUGGCAGGACGUGUUCGCCGGUGGAAUUCUUGGUUUGGUGGUUGCGUCCUUCUGCUACCUGCAGUUUUUUCCUCCACCGUCUGGUGACCCAGGAUUUUGGCCUCACGCGUACUUUGAGCACAUUCUUAACCCCGAGGGCGAGGGCCAAGUGCAGUCAACAACCAACUCGAACCACCGUCGAUCACUGUCCGGAGGCCCAGUUGCAAUGGAGAUGGGAAACACAAACCAAGAACUGGGCUCCAUGGAAGAAGGCCGCCCAGCUGGGUGACGUGCUGCCGUUGCUGCCGUUACGAACAGAACCGAGUCCUUUUCGUUUUUCGUUUUUCCCCCUUAGCUUAUUGUAUGUUUGAUAGUAGAUGUUUUUGAUCUGUAAUCGCGUCUUGUAAAUUAAAGUUAGGUGAAAAGCAUCAUGAAUUCAUCCACAAUGUUCGUAUGUUUGAGGUGAUGGUGGCCCUCAAUCCAUGCGUCCGCAUGAUCAGCGCAACGGAAGCAGGCGCAGAAUUCAGAUUCCUGUGUGCUGGAUGAGGGCAGCUCACCGACCUAGCUAUGAUUACCAGAGUACAAGAGGGCCUGAUGUGUUUCCAUGGUUUCCCCGUGAUUUUUGUCACAUGGUAGGUGUUUCAUCAGCAAGAUGCCAGUGCCAGACAUAGCAGAUAAGCAUCCACAGUACAGGUCUAGGUUCAGUGACGAUGAUCAUUUUAGUCUAGGAAGCGUCUAUCAUGGCUAUCACAGCUGUUUGUGACCUGUAUUCAGCUACAAAACGAUGUACAGCUGCUGUGUUUUGACUUGUAAAGCCACUGUAAAAGACUAGCCCAUCUGAAUGAUACUGUAGCACGCUGUCCACGACGGGUAAGUAGGAAGCCUAUCGUCACGAUUUUCUACGGCACGGGCGACUUGAUCAGUUCA